AUGUAUAUUUUCCCCUAUGUCUUUUUAAUUCGAUUGUUCCUCCCCGUGAAAGACUUUUCUGCGCUUCGCUUAAAUCAGAUGUUCGUUUUCAACAAAGCGUGCACAGUCUCCGAUAUUGAGCACUCUUUCACGAUAAAUAUUACAAAUUUCAAACAAUCUAUCUAUCUAUCUAUCUAUCUAUCUAUCUAUCUAUCUGUUUGUCGAUCUAAUGUGAAAUACAAAUUUGAAACUAUCUAUCUAUCUGUCUGCUUGUCUGUCUGUCUGUCUGUCUGUCUAUCUAUCUGUCUUACAAAUUUGAAACUAUCUAUCUAUCUAUCUAUCUAUCUAUCUAUCUAUCUGUCUGUCUAUCUAUCUGUCUGUCUAUCUGAUGUGAAAUUAAAAAAAAAUCUAAACUAUCUAUCUAUCUAUCUAUCUAUCUAUCUAUCUAUCUGUCUGUCUGUCUGUCUGUUCCUCUGUCUAUCUGUCUGUCUGUCUAUCUGUCUAUCUGAUUACAAAUUUGAAACUAUCUAUCUAUCUAUCUAUCUAUCUAUCUGUCUGUCUGUCUGUCUGAUCACUCUUUUACCCAUAAAUAUUACAAACUUGAAACGAUCUAUCUAUCUAUCUAUCUAUCUAUCUAUCUAUCUAUCUGUGUGUCAGUACGCGCGUGACCGAAUUUUCUCUUAUUUUUUGGCAAUUAGAUAA